AUGGCCGCAUUUGUCUUGGCACCAGGGCCACGCCCAGCGCAUCACGUGCCCACGCACUAUGCGCAGGUUCCUAAGGCGACACCAAGCCCUGCGACUGCUCCCAGCACGUGUGCGCUGCGCGCUGCUCUGGUGGGCAGCCUGGUGGCCACCGCGGCCUCAGCCCGAGCGCCGAAGAAGCUGAAGACGCGCAGUGCACGUGCUUCGCGUGUAGUGCGUCAUGCCAGCACCAAGCUGGACGAUUCCGGUGCGUGGUCCUUCGUGCAUUUGAAGAACGGCGACUCGGAGGCCAAAGUGUAUUUGCAUGGUGCAAACGUGACCUCCUUCAAGGUCGGAGGAGUGGAGUGGAUCGGCCUUCGUGCAGAUUGUAAACUUGAUGGCUCCAAAGCCAACAUCAGCGGAGGCCUUCCCAUUUGCUUUCCGCAGUUCGGGCCGGGGGAAGUGAUCCCACAGCAUGGUUUUGCCCGCAACAUGGAUUGGACCUUUGUGGAGGGUGAGAGCAGCGAUGGCAAGUGUGUGCUGGAGCUGGUCGACUCUGAAGAGACGAAGAAGGUGUGGCCGUUUGAAUUCCGUUGCACUUACACCGUGGAGCUCACAGAUGGGGAGUUGGCCACUACCAUGAAGGUGGAAAACUUGUCGGAGUCUGAAUGCACUUUCACCACCGGGAUCCAUAGCUAUUUUGCCACCUCUGACAUUGACAAACUUGGGAUCGUUGGCAAGUUCAAGGGCUGCACAUACGAGGAUCGAACGAAAGAUCCUCCCACUCCGGUGGACUACGACAAGGACGAGAUCAAGAUUGCAGAGUUCAGAGAUGAGAUCUACAAAAAGGUGUGGCCAAGUACUGUCACCUUGCAGGAUCCUGAAAAGGGUGAUUUGGACAUCAUCAGUGAUGGGGGCUGGCGAGAUUUGGUGGUGUGGAACCCGUACGGAGAUGACAAGGCAGACCUGCAAAACGUCAUGAGCAUCCAGCAGAGACAGGGCAUUGCACCCACCUGGAUGCUGCAUCAGUUGGAGGCCUUGGAGUCAGAUUGUGACGGCCUGGAGCGGCGCUGGCGGCAGGUGCAAGGGCAGCGAAAAGGGGAGGAGCAUCGAUUGAUCCAGAGGCUCCGCUCUGAGCACGAGAGCCAGCUUCAAGAGCUAGGCCGCUUGAGAGAGACGAUCAAGGAGAGCAAGGAGGAGAAGCCAUCCCCGCCCAGCCUCGAGCCCUUGGAACAAGAGGCAGCAGAGUUGCGCCGUGAGAUUGAAGAACUCCAGCGGAGGAAGCAUGCUGAAGAGGCACAUGCCGAGGAACAACGCUUGGCCCUCAAGGUCGAGAUCGGUUCAUUGCAGGAGCAGCUUCAACAGACUCUGUCUCAAAAGUCGGUGAUGGAGGACGUGGUUGAGGGGCUGAAGAGCUCUCACAGUGCCACGGCAGACUCUUCCCGGGAGGUGCGAGAACUUCAACAGCACCAGGAGUUCUUGGAGAAGGAGUGUGUGCGCUCUGAGCGGAGGAUCAUAAUCCUGGAUGAGAAGAUAGACAGUCUGAGCAAAGAGGCCCUUGAGCUUUGCCCGAGUCGGAGGCUUUAA